AUGCAAACACCCACCGCAGCCUCCUGGCAGCGGCAGCAGCCGCCAUCGCCUUCGCUGAUGUCGCCGCCGAGUGCGCCGCGACAGCACGGUGGCGGACGCCAUCAGCAUGGCCACCGCCACCAGUACCAGCGCCUGCCUCGCGCUAGCGUACCCGCUCCUCCACCCUACUCGGAUUUCAGUGGGGUCGCGCCUGCCGGCGAGUCGGUAUCGCCACUCUUGUGGUCAUCGGAAAUGCCCUCGCCGCUUCGAUCACCGCCCCAGCAUCAGCAGCCGUAUCACAGGCGAUAUCGCUCCUCUCUGCCGGCACCGCCGCCGCUGCGCAUACUGACACUCUCGUCGGACCACUCAUCCCUGCGGCGCACACGCGCAAAUGCGCCGCGACAGCAGCAGCAGCGUGCCCAUUAUGUCGACUCGAGCGCUCGCCCUGCCGCGGGUCGCGCUCCUCCGCUGUCGAUCGCCGCCUUGGAAGAGCAUGGCGCAGCGGAGGCUACUGCCCGUCGUGGGUCUCGCAUCCAUCAUCGACGAAGCACACGCGGUCGCAGCAACGUGCAGCCGCACCCCUCUGCAAUGGUGCUGAGCAAAGACCAAGGAGAAGAGGAGACGCUCCCGUCCACGCCAGUGAAUCAGCGCAUCCCGGCAAUGGUAGUGCCAUCGUAUGACGUGUGCAACCUCAACCUUUCCGGUGUCGGUGAGAGUGGACCAGCAGCAGCAGCAGCGGUGGUGGCGGGUGGUACUUACAGGUCGUCAUCGCUCACCUCGCAGGUGUAUCAGCUCAAAACAGCGCAGCCACAGCCGCAGCUCCUCCAAAAGCUCAAGUUGGUGGACGGUGUAUGGCGGGGCGUUGUACCUCCGCAGCAGCAGCAGCAGCCACCGACAUCAGGGCAGCCGAUGCAACGUGGUACGGCCGACCACCCGUACCAUGACCAGGUUGCGUGCCACUCAUUCAACAGUCACUGUGGCGGCUGUGAGAGGUGUCUUGAAGGCGUCGCGGACGGCGCACACGUCGAGGGUAGCAGCAUGGGCAUCCACGGCGAGUCAGCGUUGGCAAGGGCUCCUGCCUCCCCGACAAGGUGUCACCUGGCGAAGAGCCCAACAUACAGGACACCAGCAAUGACCACCACCACCGCCGCCGAGACAUCGUGCGACCCCUCUAUGUCGGCUCUCGGCGGUGACUGGCGCUCACCGAGCCUCGCGGCGGCGAAUAUGUGGUGUCACCAUCAGCACUACCCGCAGCUGUACCACGCUCGUACUACAUCCGCAUCGGUCGCAAUGCGUAGCAGCAGCGUCGGCCUAUCCGACGGCCUCGACAUGGCUCUUUCACCCAUCUCCACCCCUGCGCGUGCGCCACGUACGCCCCGGCAGCUGCAGCUCGAUCUGCAUCGCGUUCACUACUACCACCAUGCCCACUCUCUGUCAGUCCCCUCUCUCGCUUCUGAGGGGCCGUACACCACUUAUGGGCAGUGCAGCACGCCGCGCGAGGCCGAUCUGGCCGCCGACACGCCGUUGUCGACGGCUCCCGGCGCCGCUGCUUCGGUGGCCGGCCGGAGCUACCACCAACCGUUGGUGACACCCACAAUCGUGAUUGCGAGGGCGACCCCGGCGGCGGCCCGAGACGCACUCAUUGCCUCCACAUCUAUCGGAGCACCACUACUGCACAACAACGCGCGCACAAUGCCGUCAUCGAUCGCCUUCGACCUCGCUUCUGCGACUGCAGCCGCCAGAAACCUUCGCGCGGGCAGCGGCGUUGAUGUGGUCACUCGCCGCGGCGGCGCAAUCGCGGACCAUGACGAUGAUGAUGACGGCGCAGCACUUCUGCGCGCCUCCUCCUCCGCGCACUUGCGCUAUCGGCGCAAUGCAGAUUUUCUCUAUGCCGUCGACAGCGCCGACGAGUGCGAGACCACUGCGGUGCCGAUGACCAACGCUGCCACGGCGGAGGGCAAUGCGUUUAUGCUUGCAGCUGCGCAAGCCACCGCGACCAUGGACUCGCCAGUGACCCUGUCGCACUUCGUCUCCUCCUCCUCCUCUUCAGCGCCGUCGUCUGAGUACUACAGUCCGCAGCAGCUCCGUGUUGGCGACGCGCAGCAGAGGGCACCGGGGACAGCGACGCCGGCGCGGACAGCGGCCCAUCGCACAUAUCAGCCACAAAACUCGGCACCAUACGACAGACAUGGCGCACACGCCGCUUCGCAGCCUCCUUACGUUGACAGCGGCGGUAUCCUCCACCGCUGCGCCACCCUGACCCCUCUUCGGUCCCUGCGCCACGACGCGGUUAGGUGGGAGGGCGCCAAACUCCUGACCACCCCUCCCAACGCCACCUGCUGCGCCGCCAGCACGGGAGAGGGAUGGCGUUCCCCGAUGCUGUGGGACCCGCGCCAGGCCCGCGACGACCUCGAGAUGGAGGCUGUGAAGCAUGUUGCGCGGUUUGCCUUGGCACAGGUGGCCGCCACAGCAGCAGCGGCGGGUCCAGCAGCAGCAACAAUUUGGUCUUCGGUCUCGCCGUCUCCCGCGUACGCCACAGCGCCUUUUGACACCGUGGCGCAGGCAACGGUGGUGGCGGUCUCGCCGUCGCACGCGCGGGAUGCGAGCCGCCCGGAAGAGACGCGCGAUUACUCGGUGAGUCAGGAUACCGUCGCCGUUGAGGGGGAGGAAGAGGAAGCGGCGGAGUGGCUGGAGCUUCUCCUGCACUACCGCGACCGCGAAAACGAGAGUGGACGCAUUCGUCGUGCUCUCGUUGAUGCUUCAACGGCGCCGCAGGUGCCAACGGCAGAGACCGAAGGCGCCAGCAACCCCAGCGCGGUCGCGGCGGCGACGCUCUCAUGGUGGGCUACCUCGUCUCUUAUGCGUGAAGGGCUUCCAUCGCGCGGUAACGGAGGUGCACUACAGCAGCCACAGGGGCGGCAGCUGCAUCACGCUCGAGCUCCGUCUGCGGUUUCUUCGCCAUCGACAGGGACAGCAACGCGAGCGGCGUUGGCGCCACCUCCAUCGCAGCUGUGUGCCGUCAUGACAGCACACAGGGCGGCUCGCACGAUAGCGCGGUGCGUACACUACCACGUGUGGCGCAUGCGCGAGGGCGAGCGCCGGCGCGUCUCUGCCUCCGUCGCCGCGCGCCUGUCACGACACGCGUCGCAGCGCGCUGUGUAA